AUGAAUAACUGGCACACUCAAAAUAUGCCACCCAAUCCGGGAAGCUUUGGCCGUGGAAACGUGAUCAAUCAAUGUUAUGGGAUUUCUCAAUCCAACAACAUCCCUACAAAUCCCCACUAUACACGUUCGGCUGCAAUGAUGAGGACCAACCAAAACACGGCUCCUCAGUCCGUACCAUAUCCGUACCAAAGCCCUGUUAGCCAGCAGAUGCCGAUGCAAUACGCUUGUGAAGGUAACACUUCACAACUACUAUCCAGGACUCCAAUUCCAAAUCCGGCUUUGUAUUCGGCAGAGGCCUUUCGAGCAUCCAACAAUGACUUAACUCCUGCCAACAGCUCUCGAUACAUGUAUCCUGACCAGUUUUCGGCAUACCAAGGAAAUGAGGAGUACUCGGAAUCUCCAGAGCUUCAAUCAGCAAAUACUCUCAAUAGCUUUCCUAAUGAAUUUACCGAGUCCAACGAGAUUUCUAAUCGGUUCUCGCCAUUAAAAUCUAGAAACAAUCUUGACUUCAAUGCAGUCUCUCCUUUACAGUCUAUAGAAGCUUCUGACUUUUACAAUCCGGUCUUGCCUUCACAUCUAUUUUCCAGCUCGUCCCAUCUAGUUACUCCUUCGCAAUCUAGUCAAGCUUCACAAUUGACCCAGGCUUCUGGAUUUAACGAUCUGCCUUUACAGUCUGGAAAAAGUUCAGAGUUUCCAAAUCAAGUCUCGCCUUUACAAUCUAGACAAUCUUCGACCUUUUCCGAUUCAAUAUCGCUUUCAAAUCAAACACAACCUCCUGCAAGUGGUGCAAUUGAAAGUUCUAGAGUUUCAACCGUGAUCGAGGUGGAAACUGAUGGAAGUAGUCUCCCCAAUGAGAAUGACAUAUUCAAACAUGACGACUUCAAGAAUGAAGACGAGGAAGACUUUGACCAACCCAACGAUCACGACAAAAUUGACCAACUUAGCGACCACAACAGCACAACAUCCAACAAACAACAUCUUGACUACUUUUCAAAUGCCAACAGCUGCCGAUUGAUCAGCAUUAACUUCAACAUCUGGCAACUCAAGUUUCCGCCAGGUAAGCCACCUGAAGUCAAAGGCAAGAACAAGGGGAAGCAAGGAAAAAAGGGGGGUAGUUACGGUAAAAUACCAAAAUCACCUCAGCCUAAAUGGGUCAACUUGGCUCCACGUUAUGCAGUUAAGAAAACGAUGAACUUACACUGCGACAACUGGCUGACGUUCCGAAAUCAAGUUUUUGAAGCGGUGGAUGCAGAACAUGCAGGUGUAUUUUCUCAAUUAAGAGCAGCGUAUAGAGAUCGUACUCUCUCAAUUGAAGGGUGGAUCAAUGGCUCGCUUGACCACAAGAAGAACGACAAGGCUCUUAUCGACGAUGAUGCAUCUUUUAAAGAAUUCGCUGAGGCUGCUCUAGCCAUGCCUCCUGAAGUCAAAAUGGGUCUCAAGCUGUUGCAACCUAAUAACCCCAAAGAUGACAAGGAUGCCAAUCGACGCCUAUACCAGGUUUUUCGUCCUGUUCGAGAUGGUGGAGAACCAAAGUCCGACGAUUCCAAAGAAGAAGAAGAGGUUGACCCAGAGGAACGUACGGCUGAUGACGUGGAUACAGUCACACAGAAGUACAAUCUAUUGCUUAAAAAAUUUGAAAACAUCAUCAGCUCGCGUGAAAAUGUCGCAGGUGCACCCAAUCCUGCCAACGCCCAAGAGGUUCUGGUCUUGAACACUGACAGAAUCCGCAUGUGGGCACGCGACUGGGAUGCUGGUGUUGACGGGGUUGAUGAAGUCAACCCCCCCAUGCAUCGUGCUGGAUGGAGAUAUGUACCAGUUAGUGAUUUCGCACAAGAGAAAGCGAGGCUUCGACAUGCAAACCGCCGAUUAGCCGAAGAAUUGGCCACUCCUGCUCAAUUGGACCCAAACUUACCUUUCAAUCCAGCAAAUCACUCCAAUGCUCAAAGGCCCCCAACAAUCAACAACUUCAAUUACUUUGGAGAACAGCAUUUACAAUACCUUCAACCGGGAAAUAUGUUUGCCGCUGCAAACAUCCCCGGACCUGCUCAAAGAAUUCCACCGGCAACGUCUCAAGUUCCCCCUGUCCGAUUUUAA